AUGAACAAAUUUGAAGAUGAAUUAAAAUAUGCUUAAAAAGCAACAAGCAAUGAAUUUCUGUCUUGGUUAUAGAAUGUGAGUUAUGAACUUAUUAAAUAAAAAGAAUACUCAUAUGGAUAAGAAUUUUUCAGAUCUUAACAAAAUUUAUAUGAACUUAUAUUCAAAUCAAAUGGCAUUUUGAAUAAUAGUUUUCGAACAACUCAACAAAGAUAUGGCUCGAUUGAAGAUACAUUUUUCUUUAUAAAACUGUUGAAUAUUCUUUCUCCAGAAGAGAUGUCAUUUUAUUCCGCCUUGCCAUCAGAAUAUCCUUACCAUUCUGUUUCAUUAGAUGUAUUGCCAGCGCAUAUACAAUUAUAUUUUAAAGACCCAUCUUUGGCUAACAUGAAUUAAUAAUUUCAAGCAUUUUAGGACAUAUUUUAAGAGAACAUUUAAGUUGAAAAAAGUCAACUAAAAUUUUGUGUUAGUGCAAAAAUGAUAGUUUUGGAUUUUAUUUAUUAAAUGGGCGCUGUUAAUUUUAAGGGAUAGUGCUUUGUAUGUGACAGAUAAUAGUUCAAAAAUUGUUAGGAUUGUGCUUUAAAUAAAUGUAAAAGGAAAGUUCAACACUUAAGGACCACUUAUUAAAAUAGCUCCACACCUUAAUCCCAUACUUAGUUCUUAUUAGACGAAUUUUAGAAUUAUAUGUAUACAAAAAAUCAAAGAAAACAAUUAAAUAUUAAGCCGCCAGACAAAACAAUUGUCGAUUUUCACUUUUCAAUAGAUGAUUUAUACUUUUAUAAGAAAUAUACACUAUAUGAACACCUAUAUGUUAAUAAAUUAUUUGAAUUGAACCUAACAAUAGAUCAAUAGAAAUUAUUAUACAAAAUUAAACCAAGUAGCAUUGUCUUGGAUACUCAGAUGAUGUUAAUCUAUCUAACAAUAUAUUUUAAUUCAUUAUAUGGAACCGAUUUAGAAACUAUUUAUUAAUAAUUUAAACCUUUUUUGAGAAAUUCUGAUAUUUUUAAUAAGAGUAGUUAAUUUAUCUAUCAAAAUAGAAGUUUUUUUUUUGAGUGCGGAAGAUAAAAGCAAUAAAUUACUUAUUAGUAAGGCUUAUUUAAGUUCUUUUAACAUUCUUUCGAAGUAUAUCCUAAUGAGAGGUAAUGUAAUUAAAUUACUUUAUAUUCACACAUAGCAGCUUAUGUUUUAUUUUUGAAAUGGCAAUUUAUUAAUAAAGAAUAAAGCAUCUAUAAUUAGGCCUUAAUUUUCGAUCAAGCUCUCUCAUCUUGUGUUGCAUCAUAGAAUUAAAUUCUGGGACAACUCUAAAAAAAAAGAGUAAACUCCUAUAAAGGAAGCAAUCCAUUAACUAAAUUUAUCGUAAAUGAAUUGUUGCCUCUUUAUUAAGUCUGUAAAAAUAAAUUUGGAGAUUGUCCUUAAACUGUUUUAUUUAAGUACUUCAAACCGCAUUUAAUCGAAUAAAGAUUUAGUUAAUUUGAAUACAGAUUAGAUUCCCAAAUGAGAGAACUAGAUCCACAAAGGAAUUUAAUGAAAAAUUCGAUAAGACUCUAUUAUCCUUUCUACACAAAAUUACUUAUUACUAUUUUUUAAUGUUUAAGUAAUUUAAAUUAUCUGAAUGAUUCAGAAUAUUAAGGAUUAAUUCACUUAUUUGCAUUUUGUGAAUCUAAUGAUUAAAAUUCAUUCUUUUGCGAUUCAUUAAAGUUUAUUAAAUAAAAACCCUUUUAAAUACCAGCCUAUUAAGAAGUUAAGAAUUUUUGCGAUAUGUAUGUGAAAAACAGCGAUGAGGGAGAAUUUCUAAUAAUAGAAAAUAAAGAUACUAAAAAAUUUGUGACUUAAGCAAUAGAGUUAUUGAUGUCAUAUUAAUAAAGAAUAGGCAUAAAAAAUGAUAAAACAGUAGAAUUUUUAGGUUCAUAUUUUAAUAUUUAAACAUCCAAAAUUAAUGCGAUACCAAUAAAAAAUAUUAGUCCCUAGUAAAGUCUAGGAAGAUUAUCCAAAUCUAGAAUUGUAAUAAAUGAAUGGAAAGCUCCACUAAGAGAUUUUGAAAUUUAUGUUUUUUUUAUUAUAAUGUGGUAUUUUAGUUUAGGAUUAGAUAAACUAAAAGGAUUACCCCAAAGUGAAGUUCCACAAACUCAAUGGCCUAGAAGAUUUGCUUCACCGAUUAAUUUAUUUAUUGUAUCCAUAAUCAUUUAUGGUCUUUUUAAAAUCGCUUUCAUGUUCAUUUGA